UUCAGUAACAUUAUAUUAUAGUAAAGUAUAAUAACACAUGGGGCAAAGUUCUUUGACCUAUUGGACAAAAAAACAUGUACAUGUUUCCUGAACUUGGACUUCGAAAGUUCUUCCUCUUCCCCAUUAUGAAUAUCGAUACCACUGGGGAAUUCCACUUGCCUUGCUAUGUUUGCACAUUUUUACCGUAGGCCUACCUCAGUACUGUAAUAGCCUUUUUACAUGACGAAAACGAGACGAGCUCUCCAUUCUAUUCAUGUGAUGAAAUUCUUCCAUUCUCAUGGCUCAGGAUAUUUGAUAUGUGUACAGAAUUGCUUUGAUGACAACAAUGGCAGGAUUGCAUACAGUAUUCAUCACGGGAUUUCUGUUGCUCAUGUAUGCAGCAUUCAACCCAUCGCUGGCAUGGCAACAUUAUUGCCAAUGCUCAACCUUUAGUAUGCAGUCAGAUAGCAGCUCUGAACUCGAGCUUCAAGGACGUUGUAUGUGUCCGGAAUAUGGCAUCAUUCCUGAAAAUAUUCGUGAGAAUAUUGCGAAACUAGAGCUGGAUUACUCACAACGAGUCAUCCUCAGCAGUGGCAACAUCCAGAAAUUCCAUCAGAUAAGGGAUCUAAAUAUAUCGGGCAUGCAGUACAUUGAGUCGGGUGGCCUUCAGGGGUUAGAGACAUUGCAGACCCUAGUCCUGUCCAACUAUUACAUGCGCGUCUUGGAAAGUGAGGUCUUCACUGAUCUCAAAUUGACAAAGCUUGUAAUUGAAGGCACGUCUCUGAACAAAAUUCAUGCUCUUGACAACGGGACGUUUCUCGGUUUGAACAACUUAAAUCGUCUUGAUAUGAAAUGCAAUGGUAUCACAGACAUUUCUGAAGAACAUUUUCGCGGUCUAGAGAAUCUGGGUGUCAUUUAUUUGAAUGAGAACAAAAUCACGCAGAUUAAAGCAGAUACUUUCAUCAAUGCACCGUUGUUGACUGAAAUAUAUCUAUCGGAUAAUCGAAUUUCAGAGAUUCAUCAUCAUGCAUUUGUUGGCUUGACAAGAUUGGUGAAAGUGGUGUUGGAUGGGAACAGCAUCAAAGGAAUGCCUCAACCUGUGCCUGUCCCUGGAUCUAGGGUGGAGUCUAAUCAUGCAAGACAUGUGACCAUCUUACUUGAUGAUAAUCCACUACGAUGCGACUGCCACCUGAAUUGGAUCGCAUCCUGGCUAGAUGCGGGUCAGGAGUGCCAUGGGCGCUGCCUCACACCAAGCACAUCAGCCGGCUUUAACCUGGAGCAUGUGUACAAAGACGGCCUACCACAGUGCCAACUGAACAACACAGUCCGGUCAGUGCAGCCGGGAAAGCAAUUGGAACUUACUUGUUCCAUUAUUGGUGCUUCUUGGGUGAUUCCAGAUGGGCAAACCUUCAAGGAACAUGGUGAUUGCCAAGAUCAGUUUUGCUUAACCAACAGAGAUUCUUUGGUGAUCUGGAGGACAUCCCCUGAGCUAUCUGGCAAUUACACCUGCCUUUCUCCAGACAGUACUCGGGCGUUCUUUUACGGGGUUCAUGUGGAAGAAUCAAGUGCACGUUUCACUGUUUCAGUGAUUGCUGGCAUCGUAGCAAGUGGAUUUUUACUGUUGGUUAUCACCGUGGUAGCUGCAUAUAAGCUGCGUGCGUCAGUAACCCCACAUCCAGAACCGCAGCCUCCGGCACAACCGCCUCAAGAACAGCCACCUCCAGGAAACCCAGCUCAUGAAAACCCAGGUCCUGCAAACCCACCAGAAGAAAAUGAAGAAGGUGAUCAAGUUCUGCUACUGGCAGGCAAAAAGGAUGGAAGCUCAUCAGAUUCCAUGAAGAAAUACAAUUCCAUAGGGAUAAUAUAUAAUAAAAAAGAUUCUUUUUAUCAUAAGGAAAAUAUUAACAUCUUUUGUAGCAACUCUGCAUGAAAACAUCCACUUUUCAUUUUCAAGAUGAUAGUCCAUAUGUAAAUAUUCAUUUGCAUUAAAAUUAUUUUGUUUAACGAACUGGCCUGAACC